AUGUACUUUUCUAGCUUCAUGGUAUUGUACAGUCUCGUUCUUGUUUCAAUUGGCAUGGGCGGUAUAAAGUCCUGUAUCGCUGCAUUCGGCGUGGAUCAGAUGAUCGAAACCGAUCAGAACAUAAGUGCAACACACGUACGCGUAUUCUUCAGCACGUUCUAUUUUUCCAUACAUCUGGGCGUGUUUUUCGGAAUGUUCGCAUCGCCUGCGAUCACCAAAAUCUUGUCUUACAAGGGCCACAACGUCAACGAGUAUGUCGUUAGAUUUGGAUUGCCUGCCAUCAUGAUGACGACCUCUAUCAGUGUAUUCGUUUGCGGAAAUUCGUAUUAUUUUUUCAAAAAACCUGUAGCGAACGUAUUACCAAAAAUGAUCGAAUGCAUUUGUAACACGACGUGGAUAUUCCAAGCGUCGCGCACCAGCGGCCGGUUGUUCGGCGUCCGGUUCCCGGUGUGCAUGCUGCAGGUGGUCAACCCGCUGCUCGUCCUUCUCACCAUACCGCUGAUGGACCGCGUGGUGUACCCGUGGCUGAAAACCCACGGCACGUUCCGGUACCCACUGAAGCGAAUGCUGCUCGGCGGUGGCGUGGCCGGCGUGGCGUUCGUUUUCGCCGGUUGCGUCGAAACGCGUUUGGAAAAUGGUGCCGAAAAAGUGAGAAUGUCCGAUGACCGUCGGAGUGUUGCGUGGCACGCUAGACCGUGUUCGGCGAACGUGUGGAUAUCGAACUUGGGAUUGCAACGACUACCCGAAAAGGAAUGUUUCGUUGUGGACAAUGUUACGAUUCCGAUACGUGUGCAUGAAAAAUCUAUAAAAAUCCAAGUGGCGGACAAUGAAAACCCUAAACGAAAAACCAAAAAUAACCGAGAAAUCAUCAGAUUGCGAGGCAAGAGAAAUAAGAAUUCAAUUGUCUUAUUAGUGAUGGGAUCAAAAAAAAGUUCAUUUAAAGGCAAUUAUUCUUCAUUUAAUUCACGUAUCGUCGUGCUUAUACCGGAAAACGUAUCCAGAAAUUUUGAAAAACCCAAAUCAUCUAUUUAUAUAAUUUUUCCAGCUAACAACAAUGAUACAAGAAGAUUACAAAUCAAGAGCCUUACAUUGAAGUGUAAAUCAAGUAAUAUGGUUGCCAUUUUUGAAAAAACACUUUCUACUCAUUUAAAGUCCGAAACAUUACAAAUUCCUAAGGGGUUGUAUACCUUAAUGAUAAAUUAUACAGAUAAAAAUCGACAGCCAAAAUUAAUCAACGUACUGAAUCUUGGAACUGAUCAAAUGUUUGUAUACCAAAGUAUACAAGUAUGUAAUAAUGGAAAAAAUACUAAAUAUCAAACCAAAACAAUAGUAGAACCAAAUGUCUUGAGUAAAGAAUGGUUAUUACCUCAAUUUAUUUGCAUGGCGUUCGGUGAAACACUUUUUACUAUGACCGGAUUAGCAUUUUCUUUUUCUGAAGCUCCCGAUUCGAUGAAAACCGUAUCAAUAUCCAUGUGGUAUUUCUCUGUAGCUCUUGGAAAUUUAUUUGUGAUUUUCAUCAACAAAACCGUAUUGUUUGAAAAAAAAUCAUACAUGUUCUUUAUGUUCGCUUUCAACACGCUUUUAGCGAUCAUUGUCACCUAUAGAUUGAGUAACGCGUUCGAAAAACUAUAUUAUGUCGAUAAGAAAUCAGAUACAGAAAAGGCAAUAAACGAAGAGAAUGUCGACUUAGCAAUGUUAUUGAAAAAAGUAAGUUACCGAUUGUCGUUUUAAAAAUGAAAAAUUCCUAAAUUUAUGGGUUCAGGAAUAAUGCACCAAAUAGAUACUACAGUAGAUGCGACUAAUAAAAGUUUAUACAUUUCGACAGAAAAUCAACGAGAUACUAAUAGGUGAAUCCAGUUAUUACAAUUGG